AUGUUUAAUGAUAUAUUAAAUCAACAUGCUCCAAUAAAAUCCAUCAAGGUAAAAGGGAAACCAAAUCCUUGCGUUAAUGAAAACAUUCGUGCAUUGAUGAAAACAAGAGAUCACUGGUGCAAACUUGCCCAAAGGUCAAAUGAUCCCUUGGCGUGGUCUGCGUACAGAAAUUUUCGUGGAGAAGUUAAGCGUGAAAUUAAACUAGCCGAGCGUGAAUUUGUAUUAAACCAGAUAGAGAAAGAUCCAGGUAAUUCUAAUAAUAUCUGGAAAUCUAUCCGCUUAUGCAUUCCUAAAAAAUCGUCUUCGCAAAGAAUUUUCAGUCAAGAUGAAAAAACCGUAGCAGAAGAGUUUAACAAUUUCUUUGCUUCUGUCGGCAAUAAUGCGGUUCAUAAAAUCAAUGAUUUGGCAAACGAAUUUGGGUUUGAUUGCGACCGCGACCGUUUUACACCAAGACAAUACCCUUUAACGGAACAAUUUUCAUUUAAAGAGGUCGAGCCAGCCAUAGUAGGAAGUAUAAUAUCUUCAAUGCCUAACAACAAAGCACCGGGCAGUGACAAAAUUCCCAUUCGAGUGAUUAAGGAUUGCAUUGUGCCCAUUUUACCAGUAAUAACAUCAAUUAUUAACACUUCACUAACUACGUCAGCCUAUCCUAUAGUUUGGAAAAUUGCCGAAGUUACACCAAUUCCAAAGGGAAAGGAUCACCCGGAAGUGGCGAAUAAUAACAGACCAAUAUCAUUAUUACCUGUUUUAUCAAAGGUUUGCGAAAGGGUUGCCUAUAAUCAAUUUGUAGAAUAUCUUACGUUGAAAAAGCGGCUUUCAAGUAAGCAAAGUGGUAACAAACGUGGAUUCUCGACCGAAACUUUGUUAAUUAAUAUCACAGACUCCAUACUAAAUGCUAUAGACCAAAAGAAAGUUACAUCUCUGGUCUUAUUGGAUAUGAGCAAAGCAUUUGACUGUGUUAAUCAUAAUCUUUUGAUGUCAAAGUUACAAGAUAUGGGUGGUUCACAAUCGUGUUUACAAUGGUUCAGUAGUUAUCUCUCCAACAGACAGCAGGUUGUACGAAUAAACAGUACAGUAUCGGAUGCCUUGCCUUUGACGAACGGCGUGCCGCAGGGAAGUAUCCUUGGGCCUUUACUUUUUAACAUCUAUGUCAACGACCUCUCAACUGCACCUCAAAACUGUGAUCCACAUUGCUACGUAGACGACACAGGUCUACUGCACUCCUUUAAAGCUCAGAGUAAAUCUUUUGCUAUAGAGAAUAUUAACGAGGAUUUGACUAAAGUCCGAAAUUGGUGUUUUAGCAAUUGCCUGCUUCUGAACCCUGAAAAGACCAAGUUAUUGGUGUUUGGGAGCAGACAAAUGCUAUCUAGACUACAGGACUUUUCCCUGACACUAUUGGGAAAAGAAAUAAACCCUAUCGAAAUGGCAAAGGACCUUGGCGUGACUCUGGAUGUUAAUUUAACCUACAACCACCAUAUUAAUAAGACCGUCUCCACGU